CGAAGCAUCUGUCAAACUUCGCAGAUUUCGUUUCGUGUCAUUUUGUGUUUUUAAAAUCAUGUCUACUUCAAUUCUAUUAAACGAUGCUUAAAUUGAAAGAAACAUCUUGGCGCUUCUUCGUGUUAUGAAAACGUAAACAAUAUUUUAUUCUUGUGUUUCAAUGGAGAAUUUAAGCCUGGAAACGUAUUAAGUAGCACUGAGUAAACUUACUGAUUACUUCGCUUUAAUCGUUAAAAAUGUCAAAGAAUGGAGAAGUGUCGUCAAAUCAAGGUCCAAGCAGACCAAGUAUGCCAAAACCUGAUCUGAAUUUGUUUUGUUCAGACAAACGAAAAAUAUUGCACCCCCCGUUGGGUGGGCCGUCAGGUGAUAGUGCCGCAUUUAUGCCAUUUUCUCAAAAUACAGCACAAAAACCACGAUUGCCAUCACGCACUAUCAGAGAUGUGUUGCCUGACAAUACAAGAGAUAGAUGUAGAAUUUACCCUUCAAUGCAGUCCUCUGGGAAAUUACAGUUGUCGGCUACAGAAAUAUAUGAUUUCACUGCUGAUGAUUUACAAGAUUUAGGAGAAAUUGGACGUGGUGCAUUUGGAGCUGUGAAUAAAAUGGUUCAUAGAAAAUCUAACAGAGUAAUGGCUGUGAAACGUAUUCGGUCCACUGUGGAUGAGAAAGAACAAAAACAAUUGUUGAUGGACCUCGAGGUGGUCAUGAAAAGCAAUGAGUGUCCAUACAUUGUACAGUUUUAUGGAGCCUUAUUUAAAGAAGGUGAUUGUUGGAUUUGUAUGGAGUUAAUGGAUACCUCGUUAGACAAAUUUUAUAAGUUUACAUGUGAAAGAAUGCAGAGAAGGAUACCUGAAAUAAUAAUAGCAAAAAUAACACUAGCUACUGUCAAAGCUUUAAAUUAUUUAAAAGAAAAAUUAAAAAUUAUUCAUAGGGAUGUUAAACCAUCUAACAUACUGUUAGAUAGAAGAGGGAAUAUAAAACUGUGUGACUUUGGUAUUUCUGGUAAGCUCGUUGAUUCAAUAGCCCGCACUCGUGAUGCUGGAUGUCGACCAUAUAUGGCUCCUGAAAGGAUUGACCCAGGGCGUGCAAGAGGGUAUGACGUGAGAUCAGACGUAUGGUCAUUGGGUAUUACUUUGAUGGAAGUUGCAACUGGCUCCUUCCCUUAUCCACGAUGGGGCUCGGUUUUUGAACAAUUGCAACAAGUUGUGCAAGGCGAUCCACCUCGUCUCACCAAUAAAAACAACGCUUUCUCAAGCAACUUUGUAAAUUUUGUCAAUACAUGCUUAAUCAAGGAGGAGACACAGCGGCCCAAAUACAAUAGAUUAUUGGAGCAUCCUUUCAUAAAAGGUAUAGAUCAAAACAGAGUUGACGUAGCUGCCUAUGUAUGUGAAGUCCUUGAUGCCAUGGAGCGCAAUGGUGUGAGCCCAUUCACUACAGAUCAACCAGCUCAAGCUUGGAUAGACUAAAUAAUACUUUGCAUAGAAUUACAUACAAGUUUAACUUGUCUACAAGUGGUAUUAGUCCAUAACACUUUCAAUAAGCUAGUUGACACUUUUUUUAAUAGUUCAUUAUCGUUCUACUAGACUAAAUUUUUUUUUUAUUUUUUUGAGACGUGAUUACAUGAAAAUAGUAGUUUUUAAAUAUAUAUGUUUUUGACAAUACGAGCCAAAACGCCUGUCGGCCAUUACAGUUUAUAUUUCAACUGUUUCAUGACGUCACUACAAUAAAUCCCAUGUGUGUGAAUAAAAUAUUAGUUAACAAUUACUUCAACGUUUAGUACAUCGAGGGUGUUAGUGACGUCACAAAUUGGAAAAUUUGAAUAAAUUCGUGAUAUUUAAAUUAAGUUUAAGAAAUCCUUAACUUAUAUUAUUUGAUAUCGAUAUAUUUCGGACCCUUAUUCCAUGUUCUACACGAAAUUAAUAUUGUUUAUAUUAAAUUUAUAUGAGUCAACUAUCCUUAUAAUAUUUAUUAUGAGUAUUGAUUUGUUUUUAAUGUUCAGUAUAGCUUGCCUAACUAAAUGAUAUUCCAACUAUAAAAAUAGAAGCAAAGUUCAAAUUCUUGUAUAUUUUAUAUUUGAAUAGUAGUUAUUAAUUAAUUAUAAAUAUACAAUAAGAGUUAGGUGAAGUAGAAAAUUCUUCUAUAAAAUCUAUAUGCUAGCUAUGUAUACUCACAGAAUGCAACACUAUUAGUUCAAAACAAUGUUUUUUAAUAGAUUGUGAUUUAAAUUUUUUAAGUCACUUUUUUAUCCUAAGAAACAAGUUCGUAAUAGAUUUUAUAACACAUUUGUUUGUAAAGUAUCGCUUAUUUAACCGAUUUCAAUAUCGUAAUGUAUCUCAUUACGCACAUGUGCCGCAAUGUAAAGAAAAAUGCACUUGUGCCGAAAUAUAAUAUAAAACCUUUAUCAUAUGUCUAUGAAUGGUAAGUACUUUUUUAAAUCUUGGCAAAGAGUUUUUAUUUCAGAAAAGUGCUCAAACUGUGAGAUACGAUAUAAUAAAAAAACAUUUAAUUCUUUAAUUUUAAUAAUUUUGACAAUAAAUGUCAACCAUUUAUCUGUAUCAGAAACACAAAAAUAUUAAUUUACUUUAUUAGUAAUACUGGCUGUGUUUGGUGCAUUUGCCUAAAAAAAAAAAAAACGCUGGUGUGCGCACUUUGUUAUCUGUGCAAAAAUGACAAACAUAUCAAAAUGUCAUGUCAUCAUAGGGAAACAGGCAAAGAUGCAAAUUUAUUUUCAGAAAGUGUGUCGAAAGUACGUUUCAUAAUUACAGCCUCUGCUUCCUUACAAUAGCCCUCGCCCUUGGCUCGAGCUGUAAUAUCGCCUCGGCUGUAAUUUUCAACUUACCGCACUUAUAUCAUAAUGAAAGUUGUUUUGUAGUGGCUAUAGACAACAGAUCUAAGCUUAUUUGUUUCUAUUGUUUUGUGUUUAAGCAAUUACCUUAUGUAUUUAUAUAUUAUAGUGAUGACUUAAUAUAAUGUAGUAAAUUCACCUAAUGUGUUAAAUAUGAAUACUGCAAUUUUUAAAAUCAAUUCACAGAAAUAGUUUUAACACAAUCUAUUUCUGAAUUCUGCAAAUAGUAUAAUUAUAUUGUUAUAGAUGUAGGUUUUCUUGUGACUUCGCCCAUAUUAGAAUACACUGUCUCAGGCCAAUAUAAAAAUGUCUUGUAGGUAUUUUGUAAACUUGAAAGAAGAAUUGGCAGUUGUGUAAAAGUAUGGAUAACUUUUUGUACUGAAUGUAACUAAUAUAUGGGUGAGGGAAUAAUUUGAUUGUGGAAUAACCACUCUUCAAGCCGAUUCCCUCAUUUAAGGAGUUGAGAGUGGUAGGUGGCAGUAAACAUAGAUGUAAAAUUAAGGAUGAUUAUUAAAAAAGUUGUUAAUCUACAUUUACAAAAAAGUUUCAUUUUAUUAUUAUGUUAUGUUCAAGAAGUAUGACAGGAUUUUUAUAAUAUUAUCAUCUCACAUGCAAUAUUGUUAUUAGAUAGAUAUAGAUUAAUAAUGUUGAUACACAUAUGACAGAAAGAUAGUGUGAAUUGAAAUUUAAUAGAGAAUAUAAAUUGUAUGCCAGAAUAAGUAAUAAUACAGUAUUAGUUCACAUUUAAAACAUUAAUUAAUUAAUUGACAAUUUUUAGUCAGGGAUCUGUAGAACAUUUUGUACAACUGAUUACUAUCAAGUUAAUUUUGCGCGAGUAGAAACAAUUUUUGAUAAAUUACCUUCCUCCCAACUUGUAUCAAUAAUGAGGUUAUUAAAAGUUGUUACCAACCAGCAGUUUUUUUUACUGUUGCUUAAUUAAUAGUUAAACAACUUAACAGCUACAAUGUCCUACAAAUUGUGUGGUAUGUUAUCACGGUCCGACGCUCAGAAAUUUUUAUUUCCUGGUAACAGCUACCAGAAUCAAGAACUUUCGCAAAUAAGAGUUGAUUGUCUCAUUGAGAUUGAGCUACUCAUGAAAAAUUAACUUGAUAGUAAUAGUUGCUAAAAAGUAGUAUAGUUGUCAAAAAUGUUCUAUGGAUCCUGGACUAUUUAUUUUUUAUUGAUGAAUUUAUAUUUAUUAUGAUUGAUUUAAAUAUAGAGCACUUUAAUUUAUUACUUUCAUCAUUGCAUAUAAUUUUUAAUUUCUAAAAUGCUUAUUAAUGAACAAGAUUGUAUGUAUAGAUAUAAUUUUGUAAUAAAUUGUAUAUACAGACAGAUAAUAACUAUACAUAAGUAACACAGCAUUCACUUUUAUAAGGCAGCAAUACAUUUAAGAGAUUGUUCCCUAAAGAUAUCUGUUAUUAUGAUUGGUUAUGUUGCAAUUAUCAACUAAUUUAGCUCACUAUGACUUAUUAUACUGUCUAAUAAAUUAAGAAAUAGAGUGAGGUAAAAA